CUGAUCAGUUGCGUCCGUGUGCGAUCGGCUUUACGCGUAUGUUGAGUCAGAAACGAAUUUACAAGUGAAACGUAAUCAAAAACCAGUUUACGAUCGGAUGUAAAAUUUUUAUUCGUUAUUCGGGAAUAAAAUUCGCCCAACUCUGCCUGUGCCAAUAAUUCUAUGACUCAUUGCAAGCGUGAGAGACACUGGGCGGCAGUUGGCACCAAGACGUAUCAUCGGACGCGUCGCGUUUGAUUUUAAAAGCGUCGCGAUUAAUAAACAGUAACCAAUGACAACCAACGUUGGCUCGAUCGCGAAGAAAAUGCUACAACGAAUAUUAUUAUCCGUGGACCACCAAAAUUCGUCGAAUUGGACCGUUAUACCUCGACGUAUUUACUUUCGCGAAACGAAUGGUCCUCGAUCGUGACAAAAACGUUGAGCGGGCUCUUUCGUUGGAUGGUGGUAUUAAUGGCCCUGGGCGAUUCGCGCUGCGAGUGGUAUGAGUCAAUUAUCAUUGCAUAUAGUGUAGCCGUUCGGAUAACGCCGGAAUUUGCGUUAGGUGUGAACUUGUACGUCAGUGUCAGAAACUCCGGUGUUUUCGUUUCCUCGAUGUCGGAUAAAGUUUCUCUCAUAGCGCGGUUCAACGGACGUACCGCGAUGUUCGUUUCCGGAUCACGGUGUAUUCACAAAGUUCAACUCCCAACGGGACCUAACCUCUUUUGGAGACGCAUCGCAGUGACUCCAAACGACGUUAUCGAUGCGCUCGAUCGAUCGCGGCCCGUGGAUUCCAGACACGUCUCGCCGACCAAACGAAUGGAUACGCAAGAACGUACGGGCUUUUUACUAGUUCCGAGACACAAUUGUUCGCCGAUUGUUACAUCUUCUUUAAACGGCGAACGACCUUCGAACUAGUAUAACAUUGAAUUCAAGAAUUUGUUCUAAAUCAAUAACGUUUGUUGUUUCAAAGUAUUCGUAAAUAUCGUGAAAAAUACGUGAAAAUGACGUUCGAUGUGAUUGCUUGUAAAAGAGGAAUUUUGCUCAAGAGUGAAAAAGGAACGCGAUCAAAGCGUAUUAUGUGUGGUAAUGCGGUGUAGGAGUAAGUCAAUAGAAUCCAGUGUCAUUGGAGAGUAUUUGGAGAUAAAAGCCAUUGUGAAGCGAGGCGAAUAUCGACUGCGUUUGAUUGUCACCGGAUCGUGUGGACAAAGUGUCAGUGUGUGAAGUUUCUAUUUGAGGUUAGACCACCCGUUGCCGAACCACGUGCGGGCAGACAUGCAUGGCGCGGACUUCAAAAAUGAUACCAAAAGGGAAAUGAUUAUUGAUGGAAGGCCAAAAUUAAACAAUGACGGACUAAAGUCGUCGAUUACUGAUUUAUUUCCUUGGAUGUUAGAAUUUAAAAAAAUGUGCAGGUGUAUACAUACAGAGAAAAGUAUGGCAUCUUUAACAGAACUUAUGGAAUUUUAUGUGAGAAAUGUAAGUAUCAGUGUAAAUGAAUGUUAUACAAGGCCUUUAAAAGUUACAAAAUUGAAGGAUUCUAUAAGUGAGACCUUAUUGUUAUUCAUGUACAUAUAUCGUGAGCUUUCUGAGAAUUGCAGUAAAUCCAUUUAUUUAAAUAAUAUGUCAGACUUAUUAGCUCUAUACAUAGAUAUGGAACUGAAAGCAUCUAGAAAAAGUAAAGAGGAUCAUGAGAAAAUUUCUGCAAGACUCACUUCUUGUCUUUAUGUUUAUCUAGAACAUUCCACUGAACAUUUAUUAGACACUUUAAUGAAAAUACAAUUUAUGUGUCGAAAUUAUCAUCACAUUUUAGAUCCAAUAAUAAUGAAAAUCAUGAAAAAUAUUCCUCUGCAUCCUGAAUCAAAUAUUAUGUACAUUCGUUACUUUCUUAUUUAUCGUUUAUGGAGAAAAAUAAAUGGAGAUGUAGCUGUACGGAAUCAGAUAAUUACUACAGCAAUUAAAUCUCUGGGUCCGGUGCCAUUUACAUUCUCACCAUGUAUAUUAGAAGAUGUAUUACCAAAAGUGCCAAAGAGUCAACCAAAUUUUACCAAAACUCUACUGCAGCAUAAAUUUGAUGUUAAAAAGCAUUGUGAACUCUUCAUACAAUACUGCAGAGAAAGCCAUGGAGGUGUACGCCAGAAUAAGAAUGGAUGUGCAGCUUCCAUUGAAUCGUCCAGUAGAAUUAAUUCUCAAACGCCGGAAGAUAUUGCUUCAAAAAAUAUAGAACUCGUAGGUAAUAAUGUAAAUUCUAUUAUAUCAGAUAAAAAUAAGCAAAAUGAAUCUAUUUCUUUGCUAAAACCUUUUAAAUCUGUAAAUUUGGAAGAACAAACUAAUUUUAAAUGUGUAGAAUCUUCUUCGAAUAAUAUUUCUAAACAUGUUACUUCUAAAACAAUUAAAUCAAAAGAAAAUAAUUUGCGGAGGAAGUGUAAAAAGUCCAAUGAAAUUGUACUUAUUGAUUUAACUAGUGAUACAGUAUUUGAAAAGCGUAUAAAGAGAAGAAGAUCAAGAAAAUUGCCAUGGUUAAAAGAAGCUAAGAAAAGGAUCGACUUGAAGAUAGUAAAAGCAUCACAGAAAAUUAAGAGCAAAGAGAAGAAGCAAGAGAAUACCGGCCAUAAUCACCUCUCAAAUAAUUCAAGAAACAUCAAUCAUCAUUUGGAAGAUGCAUCUCAAUUGGUACAUGCCACAGAAAAUAUCAAUUCAAAAACUAAUUCGAAUGCAUACCGGACGGUUAACGAUAAAAAUAACGAGAGUAAAAUGGAAAUUGAUAACGAGUUAGUAGAUUGUGCACAAAAUGUUAGGAAAUUAACUCCUAUGAAAAUCAAUGCUAAAGACGUAAAUGCCAAAACGUCUUGUACGACACCUUCCACAAUAAUCGCUAAACCACUCUUAUUCGAAACCUCCCCUUCAACAAAAAAGGUAUCGAAUACGUCGGAUUCCACUAUCAACGGUAAUUGUUUUACUGAUGACAUUGUUUCGAGAAUAGAAAGCGAUGAAAAAGAGAACGAUAGAUGUAAUAAACAAACUGUGAUUAAGCGACUGAUAGAAACAGACAUUUUCUCAGAGCCUGACACAUGCGAGAUAGCUGAAAGUUUAAAAAAAGUCUGUGAUUUAGAAACAGAAUACCCAACUGUAAAUAGUACAAUGAUAUGCAAUCAAUAUGAUUUCAAAGAUAAUGCUGUUAAUUCUAAUCAUUCUAACAGUAAUGUAAUUAAUGAUAAAAUAAUUGAAAGGGUAACAUCGUCAAUAAUAAUUGCGGAAAACGUGCCGAGCGAUAAAACGUUGAAUGAUGUACGUUUAAAUAAUAAAGAACGUGCAUUUGACUGCACCCACAAGAUUGUCGAUUCUAGAGCGAAGUGUGAAGAAUUAAAUACAACUCAAAACGAUAAGGUUGAAACGAAUUUUACAAAGAGUGUUGAGACCUCUUCUAUCGAGGAUGGUUUAAAGUGUGAAGAAAAUAAACGUUCGUCGCGUGUACUCAUAAAAAGUUCUGUAAUAAAGGACAAGGUUGACUUACGAAGGGAGUCAAAAUUAAUAAAAUGUACAAACACGAUAGAUGAUGUAGGAAAGAUUGAAUUCCGUGUGCAAACAGAAUUAGAAAUUUGUAAUUACGGCGAAGCUAACAAGGAUAUAAAGGAAAAUAAAUCAAGCGUCGUUAGUAUCAGAGAAUCUAUUUUCGAAUCUUAUUCUACGAGUAAGAAAGAUAUUUCUAAUACAGUUAAUGUAACUUGUCCGAGUGAAAAUAAUGAGAAUAAUGAAAAUUCUUGUAUCGAUACACAUUUUAGGAAAUCCGUGAAAAGUAUAAUAAGCGAAAAAUGCGAUAAUCAUUUCGACGAAUAUAUCGAUAAGACAAAUGCCCCCCGCGAGUCCUCUUUAUCACCAGAAGUGACAAUGACGAAAGAAACUGAUAAGUUUGAAAGAUCAGAGCUGAAAGAGGUAUCCAAUAUUGACGAAAAUAAAUAUAUCGUUCAAGAUUCUGAUAUACAAGAAAAUAUCGAUGGCCUUUCGCUAUUGGCUAGCGUUUCGCAACAUGUACCACACUUGAAACCAGAAUCUGAAAUCAAAUCUGAACAAAUAAGGGUGAAAGAUUAUGCAUCUCUAAGGUACACAUGUUGUGGUCAACCUACUGACGAUGAAACUAGUACGAACGAUUCGACAAAUGGCGUUUUUCCGCUGCUUGAAAAUCCAUCUACAGAAAUCAUCAAUAGAAUCGUUGGCAUCUAUCCUGAAAACGAUUUGGAUAAGGUAGCACUUCACGUAGAAGUAACAUCUGACAACGUGGUGACUGAAAACUCUGAUAAAGAAUUGUCCAAAAUCAUUUCUCCCACAGAAAUAAAUGUAAAUUACGACGCGGAUACGCUAACACAUAAUUUGAUUCCCAUGGAAACCAACAUGCAAACCGUAAAGGAGAACACGAAUGUUAUAUUAAACGGCGAAACUGUCGUUUUACUCCAAAAGUCUCCCAACAGCAAUUUGUACAUUAUAAAUAAGGCGGUCGAGAAUUUAAAGGAUCACAAUAACGACGAAGAAAUCAAUAGGUUAAAGGAGAAAAUUUGGACAUCCUCGACCGAAGAAUGUGGACAAUUCGAAGCCAUCGCUUCUCUGGAUCAUACAUCGUGUAAUUUAGAAUUGGCAGCAUACACCAAGGAGUUACCCUACCAGGAGAGUAAGUGUUUAGUAACUCGAGGCAAAGGAAUCAAGGUAGAAUUAGGAGAAAAUUUCUCAGAAGCCAAGUCGUACGCAAAAAAGGUGUCGAUCUCAAACGAUAUGUUAUCCGUCGGUUCACAAAUGUAUCAAGAUGUAAACGCAAUGAGCAAACCGAUAGACAAACGGAAGUCCUCGAAAUCGAAUCUCGCAUAUAGACAAAACAUUAAGCAAGAGUUUAACAAUAUCCCAAAUCAUAUAGGAUCGAAUUGCGCGAUUCCAGGGUGCAAUGGGAUUCACUCCCAUCCACACGAGGUUGAUGCUCAACAUCCUCUACAUAUUCCCGUGACUCACCCGACAACCUUGCCACCGAUCUAUGGAAACUGUGCUGGUAAUGCCGAGUUGUGUGUACCAUAUCAUAAACAUUGCACUUCGAUGUCGUGCAGUUUGCAGAUAAACGCCACCACGUCCCUUCAUUCGCGCGCGAAAUCAGGCAGCCCCUGCGGAAGAUCACAUUGCUCGUGUUUAAACUGUACGUACGAUAUUGUCGCGCAUUGUAGACAAUGUAUACACCCAACCACCGAUACCCAUGUGUCUUGUAUCGAAAGUAGCCCAUAUUUUUUGCCGACACAUUCGUCAGUACAAAGCCCCGCCGUCCAAGAACACGACAGAGCGAAAAGCGAAGCGAUUAUAGGUAAACUGUACGAUGAUCAAUUAUUAUGUAAAAUAGAGAAGAAUCUUUUGCAAAGUAACUCACUGGAGAAACUCGUUGAGGUACAAUGCGAAACGGAGAAGCUGUUUAAAAAAGAGGCGGAUAAUAAGUUACCUUUGAAAAAGAGGCUGAAAGCGCACGCUAUGGCAUACGAGGAAAUGUCGAUUAAAGCCGAGAAGGUAGACAAUUAUCCAGCUAUACCAAUGAUGUCGAUAGCAGCGUUGGAAGCGUUGGAUAAUACCCAAAAGAGAUCCACUCAAAUGGUUAGAUCCGAAUAUGAAUUGUCUACUUCCAGGAAAGAAGGUAUUUGCAAUUCGAAUUUACUGAGAAGGGAUUAUUAUAAGGAUAUACACGUGUCUGGAUCGCAUCAAAGUAUCGCUAAAGAAAGUACAAGAAAGCUUGAGCGUCAAUUUCGAUCGGGUAACGAUCAAUCUAGUAAUACAGUGUGCCAAGAGUCUUGCCUUCAGAAAACAUUUAAAACACCUGCGCAACGUAAAGAAAUCACGUCGAGCGCGUUACCGUUGAAAGGAUUCGGAACGGAAUCGAUGGGACAAGAAGAGACGUUCAAAAAGAUUAAAAAAACACAGUCGCCGUUACGGCAAACAAGAAGCUCAAAAAGAAACGUUCCUAAAGUAAAUUAUUCUUACACCGAUGUUGAUCCAGAAUGGAAUCCGUCCGGUGAAUCGAAACGUAAACGUAAAAGGACUAGUCGAUGAUCGAUACCACUUCAUUAUGAAGAUUCACUAUUGUAAAAAGUGUGUUUCAAAUCUAGGCAGCAAGCGUUGUACAUUAUUCUGUAAAACUGUGGCAUUGUAAAAUUGUAUAUACUGUACAAAUAUGAGGGAAUCGUCUUGGGAAGAUUUGCAUACCUGUAACUUGUGUAUAGUACAACAACCGAAGAUCAACGUCAGUGAAGAUUUUUUAAUGAAUUUCAAAGUGACUACCUGGAAGAUAUUUAGAUUAUAGGUUAUACGUCGUGUAUUUUAUUAGGCACGUGUAGUGCCACGCGAAAACGUUAGAAACUUGUUUAGUGUCCAUAAUGUGUUCUGUGUAAAACUAUGCAGUAUUAUAUAAAAUAGUUUAUUAAAUUUCGGUACGGCUGCAGCUAAUUUUAUUUCAAUUGUACGAUUAGCAAUCGUUUAAGGAAAGAGUUUGAUCUGUUAUAAUGCAACUGAAAUUUUGUUUAUAUAUUCUGACAUAACAAUUACUUUCGUCAUGUAUAUAUAGUUACAUAUAUAGAAUGUAAUAAUGCAAAAAUUGCCCACUGAAGUUUUGACGUUUUACUCUUGUAUUGAAGUUCGAUGAAAAAAACUUAUAUAAAUUCAGAGAAAUAAGAAAUCCAGGCUGAAGACAACAAUAAAUAUUAAUAGAAAAAGAUUUGUUUGGAUUGAUUAUUUCCUCGUACUCAAGAACUUGAGAGAAAUAUCUAAUUCGAAAGAGUGAUGUCAAUAAAUUUGCCAAAUCACAUAGUAGUAACUGAACCACCAUACAACAGUAGAGCAGGAAAUAUUAAUCUGUUUCAAUUUUAUGAUCUGUCUCUUUAAUACAUAUAAUAGCAGGAUUUAUUAUAAAUAUACAUGUAGAUAUCAAAAUGCGGAUAUAGCUAGUCAUUGGCUAUUAAUGUGGAUUGAAACACUUUUACUUUAAUCGAGGAAAGAACUAGGACAAAGUAUAAUGUAUUCACGAACUUCAGGUUAAAGUUAAUAACAUCACAUAGAAUUAAAGUACGUAUUUUAAACUUUAUAUACUUAUCAAAACGAUAAAGCUUUGUCACAAACACGUCAUUCGAUACGACACCCGAAUUUAUAGCGCCUUUAGAUAAUUUAUGCUUUAAAAAUUCAACAUAUAUUUUUUAAAAAUUAUUCAUUUAUUUUUUUCAAAUGUAAAUGGAGUAUGCCUCUCUGUAUAAAUUGAAAGUGAAAAUGUUUACGAUCUCCAUAAAUUAUCAUUCUGGAACUAUGAGAAUAGCUAUAGUUCAAAGAACUCAAUUUUUAGUUUUUUCAAGCAUUCUUUUAAAUUUUUCCUUUAACAAUUUUAACAUUAAACUUUAUGAUACUGGUAGUAAAAUAUUGCUUUAAUUUGAAUACAGUAGGUAUAUAUUGUCAUUUCAAAAUGUAAUAUCAUUUGCAUACUCUAGUGCCAUUUUCCUGUAUUUGAUAUGUCUGUGAUUAUUAGUUCAAUAUUCCAUCGUAGGCACGAUGAAAUGCAUAGUUUUCACAUGUCACUAACAAGUAUAUAGUUUGUUCUUUUUUAUAAAAAUGAUCAUAAUCAAAUCAAUUUACUUUAUGAUAAAAUCAUUUGCGUACAAAUACACUUGUGAAAAUUUAGCUUAAUUAGUCUCGAAAAUUUUAAGUAGACUUAUAUGUCACGUUUAGUUAACAAAACAAGAUGCGAUAUUAUCAACUCAGGUUUGUAAGGUACUAGUGACAUUUUUCAUUGUUACCAAUUAUUUAUUGAUUUCCAAAAUGAUAAGUCUGAUAGUUUUAAGUUCAAUACAAAUGAAUUUUUAAUUUGAUGUAUUUGAAAUUAAGUGGUCGAAAAAUUGCCAAAUGUUUUCAUGUAUAUCCAUGAAUUAGAUAUGGGAUAAUUACUCGGAGACAAAAUUAUCCUAUACAGAAAACAUUUGUUAUGGAAAGUCUGAUAUCCUAAAAUAUUAAUUUAAUGUAGUAACAUUACAUUGGAUGCCUCAUUCAUUCGUGUUCGUCAAAAAUUGAGUACUGUGUAUGUGUAGAACAUUUUGUCAUAAUGACGAAUAAACUUGUAUUUACCUAUA